AUGGAAACCACAAUGGUAACUUCAGCAAAGGUAACUUUAACGGAAACAACAACUGGGAUAACCAUUAUUCUUGCCAUUAAAACUACACCAGCUGCUGUUACUGUUGUGGAAUCACCUUCGUUGAAGUUACCAUUAAAUUUUUAUGGUUACUUCAACGAAAGUGAAACCAUAAUGAUACAAUAUGUAUUCGUAUUAUAA